AUGCCGAUCUGCAUCGAGUGCCGGCACCCGGUCAAGACGCUCUGGACGCAGUACUCGGGGGCGGGGGACCCGUCGAGCGGGCACAACAUCCGGCUGACGGUGUGCAAGAAGUGCGGGCGCUUCUGCGACAAGUACGUCGAGCACGACUUCGUGGUGCUCUUCAUCGACCUCGUCCUCAUCAAGCCCCAGGUCUACCGCCACCUGCUGCACAACACCCUGAUGCGCGAGCGCGACCAGUUCGACGUCAGGAUUCCCCCCCAACAGCCGUCUAUCGUACGCCUCGGAACUCUGCUGCUGCUCUUCGACGUCUAUCUCACCUGGGCCCGCAUCGAGAAGCAAGCCGCGCCUGGCCCGAAUUCUCCGGGGGGAAGUAAUCUCGGGACUCUAGCGCAGCAGCCCAUCGUAUUUCAGUACCUAUUCUUUUUAAUCCUAUGUACAUUCUCGACGCUCGCCUUCCACCUCAGCAUACGAUUCCUGACCUCGUCGCCCUUCUCCCCGCUCAACUUCCUGGGCCUGCUGCCGACGUACCCGCGGCCCAACUCGGUGUCCACGGCGCUCCUGGUCUCGUCUUCCACCAAGCUGUUCCCCAUCCUCAUGGUCAUCUGGGACUACGACGUGCCGGCGGCCGCGCGCAGCCUCGGCUGGGCCGUCGUGGCCAACAACGUCGAGGCCCUCGAGAUCCUGCUCGACUGCGGGUACGGCGUCGCCUUGGCCCUGGCCGCCGCGGGCGCCGUCGCGCGCUGGCUGGUGGGCAGGGCGGUUCUGUGGGUUGUCGGGCUCGAGGGCGUGGACUCGGCGGGCGACAACGGCGUCGCGGCCGAUGGGAGGGCGUUGUGGGCGUUGCUCGUGUAUGCGAGGGAGUGGGCGGGGAGGUUAGCUGUAGGAUAGGUAGUAAAGUAAAGUAAAGCAAUGCCUACAAAAUUACC